AUGGCACAUUCAAUGAAGAUUGAGAAGGAUAAAGAUCUCAAUGACAUCCUAUCACCUGCGCAGCGUGCAGACUUGACGGUCCUGAUUGGCGAUGCACUCGAGCGCAUGCGUCAACAACUUGCUGCUACAUUUACACACGAGCCGGCUUCAAAGGAUGAGUCGGCACUCAUUCAAGAAGCAGAAAAGCUUUCUCUCGCCAAGAAUGACAUUGAAGACGGAGAGCAGACAAGCACCGCGGCAAGCGAGGCGAUAAAAGAAGGCGAUGUCGCUGCUGCUCAAGUGCCUACCAUCAAUGUCGACAGCAAGGCAUCGCCUGAAUGGGCACGCGAUUUGCAAGAGCCUGCUCUUGCCUUCUUUGACGAAUGGCGUGGACAAGUGCUUCAACGUAUUGGCCAGGCCAUCAAUACACAACAUGCUGGCGAGCAACAGCGUUCAUUCGAGGCGGAGGAAGCAACAUCGCCCUCUUCAUUCCCCUUCACAGAGACAGACAAGAAAGUGCGUUUACCGGAUGCUAUCGAUACGGAUCUAGCAGACAUAUCUCUUGAGUACAAGACUUUAUUGCUCAAUGCUCUACUGCUCCUCUUGCUCUCAUUGGAAACCUAUUCUGCCUAUUCUCGGGUCCUGCUCAAAACCAUUGCAGCCUCGCUUAAAUUGCCAGCAUCUCUAUUUCUUGAAGUCGAGACGCAAGUCUCUUCACAACUUCAGAAAGCGGCUCUCAUGCAACACCAACAAAGUGAGGAAGAGAAGCGCGCAAAGCAAGCCUCGUCGCGCUGGAAAGUGGGUCUUGCAAGUGUCGCAGGUGCUGCCAUUGUUGGCAUUACUGGUGGACUCGCAGCACCUCUUGUUGCAGCAGGAUUAGGGACUGUCCUGGGUGGCAUUGGUCUUGGCUCGACUGUUGCAGCUGGUUAUCUUGGCGCGAUGGCAGGUAGUUCCAUCCUGGUAGGUGCCCUCUUUGGUGGGUAUGGCGCCAAGAUGGCCGGACAAUCAAUGGAACGCUAUGCAGCGGAAGUGUCUGACUUUGCAUUCUUGCCACUCAAAGACCAAGCAGAGGCUGAGAAGCCAGGCAGCUCACGUUUGAGUGUGACUCUGGGUGUUGCUGGCUGGCUUGCAACGCCAGAAGACAUAACCUUACCAUUUGAUGUAUUGGACGAUGUGACGGAUGCUUAUGCCCUACGAUACGAGACAAAAGCUCUACUUGCUCUGGGCACAGCCUUGACAGACUUGAUGCUGUCCACUGCCUUCUCAUAUGCCAAAAAGGAAAUCAUCCGACGCACCGUGUUUGCUAGUCUCAUGGUCGCAUUGUGGCCGCUGGGUCUGCUCAAGGUUGGUAAACUUUUGGACAACCCUUGGCGUAUCGCCUUUACACGCUCUCAAAAGGCUGGCAUCGUGCUAGCAGAUGCGUUGUGCGAGCGUGUCCAAGGAAAUCGUCCAAUCUCGCUAGUGGGCUAUUCCCUUGGCAGCAGAGUCUUGUAUGACUGCCUCAAGGAAUUGGCGCGACGUAAGCAAUUCGGUUUGGUGGAAAAUGUCGUCUUCAUGGGUGCUGCAUGUCCAGCUGAUUCGGCAGAUUGGGGCAUGAUUCGCUCUGUGGUGGCAGGCAGGUGCAUCAACGUCUACUCGAGUAAAGAUUACAUUCUCGGUUUCUUAUACCGUACAGCCAGCAUACAGCUUGGUGUUGCUGGUUUGCAAGCUGUUGAUGCGGCAGGUGUCGAUAACAUCGACGUCUCUGCAGACGUCGAGGGGCAUUUGCGCUACAAGUACCUUGUUGGCCGCGUAUUGCGCGACGAAUGUGGCUGGGAGGGUAUCAAUGAGGAGGCAACCAAGAAACAGGAACAGCACCUGCAGGUACUUGUCAAGAAGGAACAAGCUGCAGACGAGACAGCUAGUCAGGUUGACUCCAAUCCAGAUGCACCAUCAUUAGAUUUGCUUUUCGAUGCAAAUGAUGAAAGCGGCCGUCAGGCAAACAAGAAUGCUUAG